AUGUACGUUUUCAAGCAAUCCGAUCCCCUCCAUUUGGGACUGCUACGGGCUCUGCCCUAUGCUGCUUUGCUCUGGGCCUUUGUGCCGGAGUGCUGCUCCGAGUGCCUUUUCGAUUGCCGGCCGGUGCGCAAGGAGAGAGGUCUGAUCGCUUCCCAGGUAGUGUACGAGAAGUACUUCGGACUUGGUGGAAGGUACUAUGCCUUCAAAGUUGCCGCACUUCAGGCCUCCACAGUGCUGCUACAGGCGCUUGGCAAGAUGAAGCUGUUUGGCGCGGCACUGGUGUUGCCGGAGAUUGGCCCAGCCUUCUUCUGGAUGUUUGUGGUGUUGCUGGUUUGCAACAGCAUCUAUCCAGCCGUGCUCCUCUGCUGGCUUAGGAAAAGGUGGGCUUUGCGCGCUGCAGUCAUGGAUGCUGCGCUGGAUGUGGGCUACCUGUUUUGCUUUGUAAUGACAGCUGGUCAAAGCUGGGCUCUUCUGGCUCCAACGGAUUUUUUAGGCUACAUGGCCAUCUAUACGAACGUGGCGCACUGCUUGUGCGUCUGCCGAGCCUUGAGUGAUGGCCAUGACCCGACUGGAGGGUCCUGCCCGAGCCGAGAGAAAGGGCACACAGGGAGCCCCGUUUGCAGCAAAGCCAAGUCCCGGGCUUUUGCCGUUUGCUACAGUGCCAUACUGCUCUCGGUUGUCGCCGGGGCUGUCGUUCCUGUCGUUUCAACCCGAUUGCAAGGUUUCUCUUCCGACGCGUGUUUACCAUGCGACUGCUCGGAGCCAGACACGCACGGCCUCAGGCGCCUGGAGUCCUGCGAGUUGGCUGUACUCAUGCGUACGGAGCAUGUUGAUUUUGAGAACAUGAACAUUGGCAGCAUUGCCCCGAAGGCGCUGGAAGGCUUGCACUGGCUGAAAAGUCUGGACUUAGGUGGCAACAAGCUGAGCUCCCUCCCCGCGGGCAUCUUUGACGGCUUGACCAGUCUAACCAGCCUGAGAUUAUCGUCCAACCAGCUGAGCUCCCUCGCCGCGGGCAUCUUUGACGGCUUGACCAGUCUAACCAGCCUGGACUUGGACGAGAACCAGCUGACGACCCUGCCC